AAGCCAUGUAUUUUGGUAUUUUUCCUAUCUAAGGGCAGGUUUCACGUGCUUUGUGGUUUAGCUCAUUGCUUUCUCCAGGAAAAGGAGGGAAGUCACUUUAGUUUUUUCACUGGAAUGUAGUAAAGUGGUAAGGCUACCAAAACUCUGAUCAUUUUCAGCCAUAGCAUUAUUACUCAUGACUGAAGAGUUCCGAAGAAAAUAAAUCAACAGUUUUUCAUAAUGGAAAAACAUAUGGUUGUUUUAUUCCUUGUAUCUUCUUUGGUUGCAAAUAACCUCUCUUCACCACCAAAGCCCACAGAUCAGGUGAAGAAUAAGUGUGAUCAGAAGAUGCUCAUUACAACCAAAACCGAAUGCCGAUCUUGCUCUCUAAACCUUGAAAUCCGGUGCCCUGAUGGUUAUAGUAAAAUGACCAAUGGAUCUGGAAUACGAGGUUGCAGGUAUUACCUUGAAAUCAGGACUUACACUUUAUCUCUUCCUGGAUGUCGGCAUAUAUGUAUGAAGGAAUUUCAACAACCUGAGUGCUGCCAGGGAUAUUGGGGCCCAGAUUGUAUGGCAUGUCCAGGAGGAGCUGCAUCACCAUGCAAUAACAGAGGCCGCUGUUUUCAGGGUAUAAAUGGGGAUGGAAAAUGCACUUGCCAACAAGGAUUUGGUGGGACAGCCUGUGAAACUUGUGCUGAAGAUAAUUUAUUUGGACCCAACUGCACUUCAGUUUGCAACUGUGCUCAUGGAGUAUGCAACAGUGGAAUUACAGGGGAUGGAGGAUGUACCUGUUUGUCUGGAUACAAAGGGCUUAACUGUGAUCAGGCAAUACCUGAGUGUGAGGCCUUACAGUGCCCUGAAAACUCCAGAUGCUCUAUUUCUAGUGAAGAUGAAACCAAAUUGGAGUGUACAUGUCUUCCCAAUUACCAUGGAGAUGGUAAACAAUGCGAACCUAUCAACCCGUGCUUGAAAAAGGUCUGUGAUCCGAAUGCUUAUUGCACCUAUCUUGGACCUAAUCGUCAUAAAUGUGUUUGCCAAGAAGGUUACAGAGGGGAUGGCCAAGUCUGCUUACCAAUAGAUCCUUGCCAAAGGAUGUUCGGAAAUUGCCCUACAGAGUCUACCAUUUGCAGAUAUGAUGGUCCAGGAAAGUCCCACUGUGAAUGCAAAGAACAUUACAGAAAUUUAGUACCUGGAAAAGGAUGCAGUAUGACAGAUAUCUGUGAGACUAACAACACAUGCCAUAAAAAUGCAAAAUGCACUACGGUUGCGCCGGGACAAAUUGUGUGUACUUGCCAGAAGGGUUAUGUAGGUGAUGGGUUUGUAUGCUAUGGGAAUAUAAUGGAACGCAUCAGAGACCUGAACACUGAACCGGGAGGACAGUGGCAAGGAAAACUGACAUCUGCCAUAGCACUCAUUGAAAAUGUCUACGAAUGGCCUCUAAGUAGUCUGGGACCAUUUACUGUUUUACUGCCAACAAACAAGGGAUUCAAAGGAAUUAAUAUAAAGGACCUUCUGAGCAACAAGGAGAAUGCCCAGUACUUUGUAAAACUCCAUAUAAUUGCUGGUCAGCUGAACACCAAUAGCUUGAAUAAUAUAGAUACAAUUUACACCUUGACUGGAAAGCCAGGGGAGAUAUUAAAAGGUGAUAAGGGACAAAUCUUGGUGAAUGGUAAAGAAACAGAAGAAACAGAUAUUGUUGCCAAAAAUGGUCGAAUAUACACUCUUGCAGGUGUUCUUAUUCCUCCCUCAAUUGUUCCUAUUCUACCACACAGAUGUGAUGGGGGAAGGAGUGAAAUUAAAAUGGGUACCUGUGUAAAAUGUUCAGUAUUCUACAGGAGCACUUGUCCAGAAGACUCAAAGCCCAUAACUUCUUCAGGGCGUAGAUGUGUUUAUGAAGCCCUGUCCUAUCCAACAACCGGCUGUGCUAGGUACUGCAAUGUAACAAUAAAGGAACCUAAGUGUUGCAAAGGCUUCUAUGGGCCAGAGUGCAAUCAGUGUCCAGGAGGAUUUUCCAAACCCUGCUCAGGAAAUGGACAGUGUGUGGAUGGAAUGAAAGGAAAUGGAACUUGUAUUUGUACUCAUGGAUUUCAAGGAUCCCAUUGUCAGUUCUGUUCAGACCCUGAUAAAUAUGGUACUCAGUGUGACAAAAAAUGUCUGUGUGUUUACGGGAAGUGUGAUAACAGGAUAGAUAGUGAUGGCAUCUGCCUUGGCGGAUCAUGCAAAAGUGGAUAUGCUGGGAAACUCUGUGAUAAGCAGAUAGUUCCGUGUGGGCCUUUUGUGCAAUUCUGUCAUGCACAUGCAAAUUGUCAGCUUAGUAAUGGUGCCAUGAGCUGCAUCUGCAAACCUGGAUAUGAGGGAGAUGGAACAACCUGCAGUGAAGUAGAUCCUUGUGCUAGUUUAGCUCAAGGUGGUUGCGAUACCAAUGCAGAAUGUAUUAAAACAGGCCUUGGAACUCACACAUGUGUGUGCCAGCCAGGAUGGAGUGGUAAUGGAAGAGAUUGCUCAGAGAUCAACAAUUGUCUGCUACCAAAUUUCAGAGGGUGCCAUAACAAUGCUACCUGCAUAUACGUAGGGCCAGGUCAGAAUGACUGUGAAUGUAAGAAAGGAUUUCGGGGGAAUGGAAUUGAAUGUGAACCAAUAAACUCUUGUCUGGAACAAAAUGGAAAGUGCCAUCACCUGGCAACUUGUCAGUUUGUGUCAUCUGGUGUCUGGGACUGUGUGUGUGCAAAGGGCUAUGAAGGAGAUGGCAUCAUAUGCUAUGGAAGUGCAGCAGAUGAGUUGUCUGCUCUAUCAGAGGCAGCUGGAUUUAACCAAUGGGUUAAUGAGGCUUCAAUGAACACAAUGCUGUCAGUGACUUCAAAUCUAACCAUCCUUGUGCCUUCCCUUCGAGCAAUUGAAAACAUGGAUCAAGAUGAGAAAGCCUUUUGGAUGUCAAAGAAUAACAUUGCAACCCUACUAAAAUAUCAUGUAUUAGUGGGAGCUUAUAGACUUGCUGACCUCCAGAAUUUAUCAUCAUCUGACAUGCUGGCAACAUCUCUGCAUAACAAUUUCCUGCAUCUGUCUAAUGAAAAUGAGAGCAUCACUAUUGAAGGAGCUAACAUUGUAGUUGGUGAUAUUGCAGCCACGAAUGGAAUCAUCCAUGUUAUUGAUAAGGUUCUAACACCACUCAGAGGUGUGAGUGGCACAUUGCCAAAACUGCUGGCUCGCUUAGAACAGAUGCCCGAUUACUCCAUUUUCAGGGGUUAUGUUAUUCAAUAUAGUCUGGCAAAUGAAAUAGAAGCAGCUAACACUUACACAGUUUUUGCCCCAAAUAAUGAUGCAAUUGAAAGUUACCUCAGGAAUAAAAAGUCUGCCACUCUGGACGAGGACCAAAUCCGAUACCACAUUGUGUUGGAGGAAAAGCUCUUGAAGAACGACAUGCACAAUGGCAUGCACAGGGAGACCAUGCUCGGGUUUUCCUAUCAAGUGGGAUUCUUCCUGCACAACGGCCAGCUGUACAUCAAUGAGGCACCUAUAAAUUACACAAAUAUUGCAACUGACAAAGGUGUUAUCCAUGGAUUGGGAAAAAUUCUGGAAAUACAGAAGAACAGGUGUGAUAUCAAUGAUACUGUGAUUACAACCGAAAAGUGCAACCUGUGUUCGUAUCGAUCACGCUGCCCUCCUGGAACUAAAGAAUUUCUAGGAGAGAAGAAAUAUUGCAUCUAUACUGAAAACUUUAUGGGAAGGACAUCCAUUCAUAUUGGAUGCCUGCCAAAGUGCAUUAAAAAUAUCAUUACCAGAGAAUGCUGUGCAGGUUUCUUUGGUCAACAAUGCCAGCCCUGUCCAGGGAAAAGUGGAAAUGCCUGCUUUGGAAAUGGCAUCUGCUUGGAUGGUGUUAAUGGCACAGGCGUGUGUGAAUGUGAAGAGGGGUUUAAUGGAACAGCCUGUGAGCAAUGUAUUGAAGGCAAAUAUAGUCGCAACUGCAAUCAAGAAUGUACUUGUGUCCAUGGGAAAUGCAGCAGUGGGAUUGAGGGCGAUGGCUCCUGCGAGUGUGACGUUGGCUGGAGAGGUGUGAAAUGUGAGAGCGAAAUCAAAGAUGAUGCCUGUAACAGCACGUGCCACACCAGCGCUAACUGCCUCCUCAAGUCUGGUGGCACCGCAUAUUGCAAGUGUGCAGCUGGCUUUAAAGGGAAUGGAACACACUGUACAGUUAUUGAUGCAUGCGAGACCAGCAAUGGUGGCUGUUCUGUCAAAGCAGAGUGUAGAAAAACGACUCCAGGAAACAGAGUAUGUGUUUGUACAGCUGGAUACACUGGAGAUGGAAUAGUCUGCCUUGAAAUCAACCCUUGCUUAGAGAACAACGGUGGAUGUGAUAGAAAUGCGGAAUGCACUCAGACUGGACCCAACCAGGCCGUGUGUAAUUGUUUGAAAGGAUAUUCAGGAGAUGGUAAAACAUGCACGUACAUCAACCUGUGUUUAUCGAAUAACGGUGGCUGCAGUGAAUCUGCAAUCUGUAAUGACACCGAGCUGACAGAGAGGACCUGCACCUGCAAACCUGAUUACAUUGGGGAUGGAUUUAAAUGCCGAGGCAACAUCUACCAGGAGCUUCUUAAGGACUCCAAUACUACUGAUUUUUAUUUCCAUCUAAAGGCCCUUGCUCUCAAAGAUAUUGCAGGUUCUGGUCCUUUCACUGUGUUUGCACCCAGUAAAGAAGCAUUUAACAGUGAACCAAAAAUUAAAGAGUGGAUUGUCAACGGAGUGAUGCCCCAGAUCCUUAGGUACCAUGUGGUGGGCUGUGCCGGACUUCUCUAUAAUGACCUGACAACAAUUACAAAUGUCACCUCUCUCCAGGGGGACCCCAUCCAGGUCACUUUCUCACAGAAUUCAGUGUAUCUGAAUACCAAGGCUAAGAUUAUAUCCAGCGAUACUGUCAGCACAAAUGGUGUGAUACACAUCAUAGAUAAAAUCCUACUUCCACAACACAUGCAGGAUUUCCCUAAGAAGGAAUCGGGCACUGAGCGGGAAAGCCUUAAAAUGGUUGCAGCCAAACAAGGAUACAUCAUGUUCAGCAACUUGCUGGAGAAUGCCGGUUUGAUGAGUGUAAUCAAUGAUCCUCUUCAUAAACCAGUCACCUUGUUCUGGCCGACCGAUGAAGCUCUCAGAGCUCUUCCUAAGGAACAGCAGGAUUUCCUGUUUAAAAAAUCUAACAAGGACAAACUGGUGCAAUAUCUGAGAUUCCAUGUCAUCAGAGAUGCUAAGAUUUUAGCCUGUGAGCUCCCCAGCUCCAAUUCUCUGAAGACCCUUCAAGGUUCUGAUCUCAGUGUAAAAUGUGGGGAUAACAACAACUCUAUUGGUGACCUCUUUCUGAAUGACAGGAGGUGUAGGAUAGUGCAGCGGCACCUGGAGUUUGAUGGUGGCAUCGCUUACGGGAUUGACUGCAUGUUAAUGGACCCCACCCUUGGCGGGCGAUGUGACAAUUUUAUCACUGCAGAUUUCACGGGGGAUUGUGUUGGCUGUUACAAUAAUCCUAAAUGCCCUACAGCGACUAAACCAAAGGGAGGGAUACAGAAGUGUACAUACCAAUUCUAUGGCAGGAGCUUAGAUGGCUGUCGCCAGGAUUGUACGAUGGUCGUCUGGAUUGCAAAGUGCUGUCAAGGCUACUAUGGGCGAGACUGCCAAGCCUGCCCAGGAGGGCCAGAGACCCCAUGUAAUAAUCAUGGUUCAUGUAACGACAAAUACUCAGGAACCGGAGAGUGUAAAUGCAACAGUGGCUUCAAUGGGACUUCAUGUGAGCUGUGUUUGCCUGGAAGAUAUGGCUCUGACUGUAAACUCUGCGGCUGCAAGGCCCAUGGGCAAUGUGAUGAAGGAAUCUCUGGAUCAGGACAGUGUUUCUGUGAAACUGGAUGGACUGGUCGAUUCUGUGAAACCAAACUAGCUCUGCUGCCUGUGUGUUCACCUAAUUGUUCUAGUAACGCCGUCUGCAAAGAAAACAACAUGUGUCAGUGUAAGCCAUUUUAUGAAGGAGAUGGAAUCACAUGUACAGCUGUGAAUCUUUGUAAACAAAACAAUGGUGGGUGUCACCAGAAUGCAAAAUGUACCCAAACGGGUGUGACAGUCCUUUGUAGCUGUCAGAAAGGAUACACAGGAGAUGGCCGCACCUGCCUUCCUAUAAAUCCUUGCGCUGAUGGGCUCAAUGGUGGUUGCCAUGAACAUGCCAUUUGUAUAAUGACAGGACCUGAUAAAAGCAAAUGUGAAUGUAAAGAUAACUAUGUUGGUGAUGGGCUUGACUGCACUGUGAUGCAGCUUCCAGUUGACCGUUGUUUGCAAGACAACGGUCAGUGCCAUGCCGAUGCAAACUGUGCCGAUCUUCACUUCCAGGAUGCUACAGUUGGAGUUUUCCAUUUGCGCUCUCCCCAAGGGCAGUACAAACUGACUUAUGAAAAAGCAAAGGAGGCCUGCGCCGGAGAAGGCGCAACAAUAGCUACAUAUAAUCAGCUGUCAUAUGCUCAGAAGGCACAAUACCACUUCUGUGCUGCUGGCUGGUUAGAUAGUGAAAGAGUUGGUUAUCCAACUGCCUUCUCUUCCCCAAACUGUGGAUCAGGAUUUGUUGGAAUAGUUGACUAUGGGCUUAGAGUCAACCUGAGUGAAGCCUGGGAUGUCUUCUGCUACAGAGUCAAAGAUGUGAACUGCACGUGUAAGACUGGCUAUGUGGGUAAUGGCUUCACAUGUAGCGGGAACCUGCUACAGGUCCUGAUGUCUUUCCCCAUGUUUACAAACUUCUUGUCGGAAGUCCUGGUUUACUCUAACAGCUCCACGAAAGGCAGAGAGUUCCUGAAAUACCUCACAAACUUGUCAACCCGGGCCACCCUCUUCGCCCCAAACAAUAAUGGGCUAAGAGAAAAUGAGACACUUUCUGGACGAGACAUUGAGUAUCAUCUGUCCAAUGCCAGCACACUGUUUUAUGAAGACUUGACCAAUGGGACUACUCUUCAAACAAGGAUAGGGAAAAGACUCUUAAUUACAUACAGCAGAAGCCAGGGUUACCAAAUCCCGACAACGAAGAAGAAUGAGACCAGAUAUGUGGAUGGAAAAUCUAUUCUUGAAUGGGAUAUCAUUGCUUCCAAUGGAGUAAUCCAUGUCAUUUCAGAGCCCUUAAAAGCUCCUCCUCCAACUGCUUCUCUCCACGCUGGAUUUGGAACAGGAAUAUUCUUCGCCAUCAUCCUGGUUAUUGGAAUCGUGGCUUUUGUCGGGUACUCGUACUUCAGAUUCAAGAGGAGAAAUAUUGGCUUCCAGUAUUUCAAGUCAAAAGAAGACAUAGAUGUAACAGCACUAGACAAGCCACGGCUUUCAAACAUCACAAAUCCCUCCUAUGAAAGUUCUCCUCCUCCUCCACCUGAGCCUACCUACGAUCCUUUCUCUGAUUCUGAUGAACAGCAGCUUGUAAUGUGUGGGCCUCACGAUCAGUUUUGAAGACAGAAGUUGGAAUUAUCAACAAUGAAAAACAUUUCUCUACAGUCUAAAAUUAACAUUUACUGUGAAUAAGCCCUGCCUAAGCACUUCAGGAAAAAAAAUUACCUUUUACAAUUUUUUUUUUCAAAGUGUUUAAAAUGUAGUCCUAGGUGUGUAAGACAGGGAAUUUGCUGAAAAGUUGGUUGCAUGCAAGGAAUAUCAAGUUCCAUUUUAAACAAAUACAAAAUUAACGUAAAAAUGUAUUCCUCUGCCUAGGAAAUGUUUAAAGGUUAUUUCUAUUUAAGGACAUACCAGUUGCUAGACAACAGCCCACGAUGACUUACAGUUUUUCAGAACACCAUGUAGCCACUUUGAUUUACGAUGCCCAUCUUUCUGUAAAGAGAUCAAACUGCCUCUUAAACACAUAGUCCUGAUGUCCUCUGAUGACCGUACUUGGAGGAUGUACUCUGUUUGCGCUACCCUUGUGUCUUUAUAUCUAAUUUUGUCUUGGGGUCGAAUCGAGAAGUGGCUGACGAGCAAAAACUGCAAAUAUUGCUUAAGGCUUAUGACCUUCAUUUUUAAAAUGGUUUGAUCUUAACAAUGCUCUUCCUUCUAAAAAGUGAACUAACUGUGAAUGCAAGCACAGUAUGUCUGGUUUGCCCACUCUGAGCCAUUUAUGGAUUCUUUGUGUCAUUGUUAUGAAGAAGAAAUAUUCAUUGUAGAGGAAUUAACGAGGAAUGCAAGUCAUGUAUGACUUUAACCUUGUUUUGUUCUUUUAUUUCAAGUCAUUUUUGUGCAGAAUAGGCAUUCUGCUUGUUUACUGCCUGCUUUGCCUUCCCUGUUCUUUUUAGUGGUCUGUGUAAAGUAAAAAAAAAAAA